AAUUCUCGUACACACAGAUCAUUAUGUGUUUACAUAUCCACAUUUUAUAGCACAUUGCGUUACAAAAAUCACAUAAAUCAAAUUAAGUUUUAGUUUUAUACCAAGCCCUGUAACUGAACAAAAUUGGUCACAUCUGUGCACUGUUUAAAUUAAAAGUAAUUUUCUUAUGCAGAAUUAAUUAAUGACUAACGAGCUCAAUAGGGUUCAUCAGGCGGAAGCGAGGGAAAGAGAUAACGAUAUUCAUGUAAACAUACGUGUGACAAAGACGGAAUGUGUAGAAACUGGAGUUGAAUGAAUUUAUGCCGGUCUAUUUAGUAACGCGUCAAUUUGGCGCGAGAAAGGUUGUGGGGGAGGUUGUGCUAGAGACUUACGAAAAGCGCGCGAAUUUUAUUAUCGUGAAAUGUUCGUGAAAAUUGAGUGAAAAACUUUUUACAUUUUUAUUACCUUAUAUUUUCUUGUUGAAUUUUUUGUUUGUUUAUGAGUUCAGUGUGUGUGUGUUAAAAAAAAACUUUUUAUCUUAAGUGCAAAAUUGCGAUUAGCUAUAAACUAUACUGAUAAGACACGUCCGGGUUUUAAAAGAUGUCAAAACGAAACGACCGGAUAAUACUUGCGGAUAAAUUAAAGCAAUAAAAUGCUGGAAUAAGUAAAUGUAGCAUAAAAUUGUAGCAGUAAUUAUUGAAAAUGGAAAGCAGUAGGAGUUGCAGCCGGUACCGUCGGAGGCAUGGCCAUGCGUGGAAGUCAAGUGCUAUAUACCUCAUAGUAACCAUAGCAUGUGUCAACGCACAAGACAUAACAGCUUGCUGUGACAAAGCCGAGGGGACGUGUCGCAGUGUGUGCGACAAGAUGUCACUAGUAGAGAUAGCGUCAAACACAUCAACAUUUGAACAAUGGGUACCAAAUAUCUACAGAUUUUGCACACCUCGCUUAAUAGAAUUUUGGAUAUGCAUGAACAAGACGAUUCAAGCAGAGGUAGUCUCGGGCUCGGGGUGGUGGGGGCGCGCGUGCUGCUCGCUGGGGCGGCUGACGUCAUGUCGGCACGCAUGCGCGAUGGCCGCCAACGAGAGCUCGCUCGUCGGCGCGGGCGCAUGCAGGCGUUCAGAUGAGAUCGCCUUCUUUGACUGCGUGCAGCGGCAGGAAGAGGCCCAGCAGUGCUGUUCGCAGACCCAAUCAAUGAUGUGUCAUGAAGAGUGUCAGAAGGCGUUGUGGCGCCUCGGCCAGUCUCGUGUAGACCUGCAGGCGAGAGCCACCGCGUUGCAGGCAUGUGAAGAGUCGCCUGACCUCAUGAGGUGCCUCAGAGAUCUCACAGACUCUGUUGUUUCUACAGACACGUUUAAAUAUCUGUCUUGCUGUCGGGAAUCAAACCGGCAAGAAUGCCAGCCGACGUGCGAACGAGUGCUGCGAAGUACCGGCGUACUGCAGGAGAUCGUGGAGGCUUUGGAAGAUGACUGUGGAGCUCCUGCCAUACAUGAUGGAUUCUGGCAAUGUUUCCUCAAGAAAGACGCACCCCCAGAACCCAAAGACCUCAUCCCACAUGACAUUUCAAAACUCCAUUGCUGUCAAAAAGCGGUGACAAUAAAUUGUCGGAGAUUAUGUUUUGAGACCUUCAACACCGGCUGGCAAACUAACUGGCAGAAGUUUUACUCCGAGUGUUUGGGCGAUCCCCAGGAGAUCGUGCUCUCGGAAUGUAUGGACGAUGUGGAUGCGCCAUGUUCGCUGGGCUGUGCUGGUCUCACAUACUGCAGUCAGUUGAACAGCAGGCCGACGACGCUGUUCCGUUCCUGCACCGCACAGGCUGACCUCGAGGCACAUCUCGCGGUCGCCGAGCAGAAGGGAAGUGGAGUUCUAAUCAUUUCCGGUAUGGAGCUACCUCUGAAAAAUUCCACACAAUGUCCGAUUGACAUUUGGAAAAGCGUUGCCUGUGCUUUACAUGUCAAGCCCUGUACUGCAAAGGGUCACAGCAGUUUACUAUGCGCUGAAGAAUGUGCCAGCCUUGUCUCAUCAUGCGUGGAGUGGUCUAGAGCACCUCAUACCUUGACCGCGCGAGCACUCUGUGCCAGAUUGACACCGACUGAUCCUAACGCUCCUUGCGUUCCUCUACACCAGUUCAUGUCACCUAGUACAGAGGCACCACUGCUGUCGGCAAAGGAAGUGGUGACGUCACCGUGUUCUGGCUCGCCGUGCAACGCAUCACAGACCUGCGUUAUCAACAGGAACUGUCUGCGUGGAGGCAACUGUCAACGGUUUACGUGCGUUGAUGGAUGCUCGCUAGGCGACAGUUCCACCCAAAUGGUUCCAGUUGGUUCGUGGGUGCGAGUCCCGAUGGCAUCUUCUCUACAUAAGGCGUGUUUCAAGAUCUGUAGAUGUGGAAUGAAGGGGCUAGUAGACUGCCAGCCACUCCCUUGUGUAGAAAUGGAGAAUUGCCAACUUCAUGAUAGGGAAGUUAUGCAAGGUGAGAAGUACUACAUGGAGUGCAACGCGUGCGCGUGUCGCGGCGGCGAGCGCGUGUGUGCGCGGCGCGCGUGCGGGCGCGGCGCCACGCUGCCGUGCUACUGCCCGCCGCACCAUCUGCCGGUGCGGGCUGCCCGCACGCCAUACCCCAACGCCUGCCUCGCCAAAUGUGCAGGCGCGACUGACGGUGAGAUUGAGUUCGGCACCAGUUCAGUUUGCGCGAGUGCAACUUGCGGCCGCCGGCAUGUCUGCAUUCCGGCUCCCAAUGUCUGCCUGUCAAGACUGCAGACCUCAUGCCCUCAAUACCAUUGUGCGAGCACGGUGAACUGCAACUCCCAGCCGGUAUUGCCAGUAUGUGACACAGAUGGACGGACACAUGCGAACGCUUGUCACCUAGUCAUGAGCGGGAGGAAGUUCGCCUACUGGGGAGUGUGUAUGGAAGGAUGUUCUGCUGCUGGUCCAGUAUGUGGCGUAAACGGCGUUACCUACAUAUCUGAAUGUGCCGCAUGGGCGGAGUACGUCAGCGUGGACUACGCGGGGCCGUGCCUCGCGGUGGGUCCGAUAUCAGACCUCAUGGAACCAAAGUGCACCUUCGACAGGAUCAUCUGUCCUCCCCUCAAAAAUCAAAACUGCCUCGGCUUCACCGCUCCAGGCGCUUGCUGCCCGAAAUGUGGAGGAGCUUUGAGAAUCCUUUAUUCAAAGAAACAAAUUGACAGAGCUCUGUAUGGCACAAACAUUUCCGCUUCGGUUAUUAAUCUCAACAACAUUCUAAAAGCUCUUGAAAGACAUGUGAAGAUCGCGGAGUGCGCUCUCAGGGGAUACCUCACCAUAGAACUGGAGAUAUUUGUCACAGUUGAAACGAUGCUGGAUAAUCCUACUGAUCUACAACUAAAUGUGUGUAUUCUAGAAGCGGAGAAGAUAGCUGACAUGAUCAAUAGAGAAAGUGUGCUGAUUACAAGUGAUUUAGGUUUAAGUUCAUUAACGUACGCGUUGACUGUCCACACGUACCCCACACAAGGUGCGAAUAGUGUAAGAUUAUCCAUAGGAGCCUUAUUAGCUUGUCUAGGUAUCUAUGUCUUAAGGUAAGGAUAUCGAGAAAUUUUAUAUUGUACAUUUGUAAAGUAGUUGUAAAUAUUGAAUGUAAAAAGUACUCUAGUGCCAUCGUUAGAAACAUAUACAAAGAAAACAGAGAUUAUGCUUUGGUUUGCUUUAAAUCAGGCGCAAAUUAUUUAGUCAUGUUUUUUACGUGAGUUCGUUGUGCCAUCGUAGUUGUAAUGAGAUAUUGAUGUCUUUGACUUUUACAAAUAAUUUACGAUAGACUGCAACAAGCAUUUUUAUAACAUUUUUACAAAAGACAUUUUUUAAUACUCGUAGUCCCUAAACCAAAUAUGUAUUACAAUUAUUGCAUUGUUAUUAAUUUUUAGAUGUUUAGCUAUUUUGAAAAUAUGUUUAUUGUUUAUG